GAAGACAACCCGUUUGGGAGAUUGUACCGGAACAUUAACUUCUAGUGUGAGCUCUGCUACUUUGGCGGCCAAUUUGAAUUUGGGUCACUCAUUGGGUUAUGAAUUAGCAAGAGUCUACGAAAUUAAACAGUAGGAGCAGCUAAUGCAAGUAAUAAUACAGAUACAGUAUAUUUUGUAAAACCCAAAGGACCAGAAAGAAUAUUUAAUAAAGUAGUGUUUGUUGGUGAUUCUGGUGUGGACAAAAUUCACAAAAGUAGUUUUAGGACAAGCCUAUAUUCUGUACGGUAAUGACACAUUUAAAAGAUUAGGAACAUUUGCAGCUAAUUGAGAAUAAAAAUGGAUGCCAAUGCAAUUAAAAUGGUACAAACAAUGGCUAGUGAUUCUAGGAAACGUUUACUAAUAAUAAAGGAUAAUACAUGUAUGAGUGGACUAGUAUCAUUGUUAUCUAAUACUGAUGAAGACAUCAUUUCUGUUGUCUUGGAGACAUUGAUGAUGCUAGGUAAAUCAGCAGAAGAAAUUAAAUGGUUAGGAUAUACUCCAGGUCUAAUCAAAUCACUGAAGACUAUUAUGAAAAGAGAAAAAGAGAAGAACAGUGUGAGAGUUAAAGCAGAAGAAUUCUAUAAUAUAUUAUGUAAUGGUCGUAAAGACACCAGAACUCCACUAAGAGAUUCCAACAGGAAAUAUAAUGACAAAGAUGAUAAGAAUUCUUUGAAAUCUAAAAAUUCACCUGGAUAUCAUGCAAAAGCAAUUGUACUAUUGAUUAAAGGGAUAACAAAUAAGUGUGAUGCUGAUUUAUGUAUAAAAUUACUAAUUGAAGUGAAAGGAGUUAUUAGUAUAACGUUUGAUAUGGAGAGUAAAAGAUGUAUUGUGAGAACAAAAUCUAGUGUUAAACCAGAGACAUUGGUAAAAGUUAUAUCAAACUCCCAGACAUUUAUUGCUCAACAAGUGAUAAAACAUGAAAAUGGUAACGAGACAUUACAAUCCUUUGGUAUGGAGGUACUACCUAGUGCGGAAAAAGAAAACUUAAGUGAACCGGAAUAUUUACCUGACGAUAUUGAUAGUCCAGUUGCUUCCAGUAAGGCAGUAGCUAGGGGAGGUUACCCUAAACAAGAACAUAGCUGGCUUAGUGCAGCAGCUUCAUUUUUAUCCAAUUCUUUUUAUUGGUAAAAUUGGAAAGAGCUAUUGAUCUGUGUUUAGGUCUUCAUGUUUGAAGAUACUUGCAUCUUUAUCUUUUGUAUGGUAAAUAUUAUAUAGUGUUUAUAAUUUAGGUUUGUCAUCCAACUGCUAUAAAUUGUAUGAAGGAUUAUUUUAUUACAAAUAUUUAAUGCAAACUUUUUGGAAAAUAUAAUUUUGCAUGGCUUAAUCCAUGCAAAAAUGAAUGAAUGAAUAUAAUGGGGUUUAACAUCCUAAUUUUUUGCACCAACCAGGAUAAUGAAGACGCACAUAUGCCAUGCAGUGUCCUAUGAGUUCAAUUUUGCCUGAACAGCAAUUUAAUUCCAAAUAUCAAGGGUCCUUUUACGUCCACGCCUAACAGUACAUAUAUGGGACCUCGUCACCUCAGUUUGUCAUCCCAUUCGAACGACUAGAUGAUGUUCCCUGUCAGGCCCUCAGUUGUGCACUAGUGACAAGGGGAAACCACACUGGAAAAUCAUGGGGAACUUUCUUGGCCAACAUCGAACUCGAACCCUGGACAUCCUGGUUCCUUACUUAGUGAGUCACCGUGGCCCCCAAAAUGUUUAUUUAACAUUUUAUUAUGAAGAAAGCAAAUUCUGUUGGGCACAACAUCUCCUCAUUGGAGAUGUGUUUGGCCAUUUCAUGAUUGUUUUGUUAAGCCCUACUCUCAUUCAGUAUUAUUAUUUUCCAUUAUGCUUUGCAUAUAUUUUUCAUUAAUUUUGGAAUUUCAUUUACAACAUCGUUUCAUUCUAAUUUGGUUAUUAAAUAAAUGACUGUCAUUUCAUCCAAAAAAAAAAAAAAAAAAAUGGUAAUUGGUAAUACAGAUUUCUAUAUAGAUUUAGUUGUAAAGUGUGUUGCUGGUAUUAGAUGCCCUGAUCCAAUAACUCCAACAUUAUUUCAUUAAUCCAAUUCUAUGAUGUUCCUGUUGCACUGUUCCAUUGCAACAUCAACCAAAUAUCUUUUUAUAAAUCCUUACUUUGUUUGUACAAUAGAUGUUAAACCCCAUUUCAUUUCAUUUGUUUGUACAAAUGUUUAUUUUUAUUUCCUCUUCCAUUUCAUAAGAGUGUGUAUAUCUUAAAACAAAAGACAUAAGAUUAUUAUGGAUAGAAUGUUUAUUAAUAUAUUAAAUUUCAAAUAUGGAUAAUUUGUAUUACAUUUAAAGCCUGAACAUGCCAGAAUAAAAUUUAGUAAUUUUACCCAAGACAUUCUGGUACAGAGUUGAUUUAUUUUAAGUGCUGAGUAUACCAAAGCCAUGAUCCCCCAGUUCUUAAAGUAAAAUAUAACACAUUUGUAUACCGCCACAUUUUCAUGUGGAUGUAUAUUGUUGUCGCCCCUGUCCGUCCAUCCACAAUUUGUUUGUGGACACUCUACGUCACAAUUCUUAGAUGAAUUUGACGGAACUUGAAAUAUAGGUUUAUCCCCCCCAAAUUUUUUUUUUUCUUUUGAUAUUGGCAAUUAUCGGAUCAACUUCAUUGAUCAUGGCCCCCGAUUGUACGAAAAAUCACAUUUUUAGCUUGUGUACACUCUAGAGGUCACAAUUUUCAUCUGAUUUUGAAUUGAUGAAACUUGGAAUGCAUACGUUUGUAACCCAAAGAUCUUGGUUACUUUCAAUAUUUGCAAAUAUAGGAUUGUAACUUCCUGAAUUAUGGUCCCUGAUUGUAGAAAAAUCGUGUUUUUAGCUUGUGGUCCCACUAGAGGUCACAAUUUUGAUCCGAUUUAGAAAAACAUUUCAAUAUAUCACCGUUACACUGCGAUAACUCAGGCAGUAAUUAUUGGAAAUUGUUGAAAAUCAAUAGGUUUCUUCGUCUGAUGACCAUAAACACUGUGUAUAAAUUUAAUGUCAAUCGGAUAUUAACUUUGGUCUCCAGAGCGUCCACAAGAUUUUUCAAAGUGAUCAAGGGCCAUAACUCUGACAGUAAUCGGAAAUUGUUGAAAAUCCAUAGGCUUCUUUCUUUGUCUCAUGACCUUAAAUAAUGUGUAUAAAUUUAAAGUCAGUCGAAUAUUAACUAGCCUCUAGAGCAUCCACAAGCAAUUGUGGACGCCGGACCGACAGACGGUUGCUAUGACAAUAUUUAUACAACCACAUUUCAAUGUGGGCGUAUAACAAAACAUUUAAAUAUACCAUCGUUACACCCUGAUGAUGGUCGAGUUCAAAAUUCAUAAAGAUAGGUUGCAAGGCAAUGAAACA